AUGGCUCCACGCAAGACACGCGGCUCAUUGAAUACGAAACAUCGUGCACCUAUUAGAAAGCUCAAGGUACCAAGACACUGUCAAGUAAUUACUACAGAAGAAGAAGCAGAAGAGUGUAAAACAGAAAAUCCAGACUCAGACUUGGUCUUAGAUCGAAUGCCUUUGGGGACUCAGAAAGUUGAUGGAAUCAGAUCCAGUCGGAGUUGUAGUCAACACAUUGAUGUGAAUAAUAUGUUGUCGGGCACUUAUUUCUCAAAAGCAGGUCGCAAUACCUUAAGUAAACGAUUAAAAGUAACGUGGGAAACAUUACAGCAAAUGUCCAGUCGACAGCAAGAACAAGAAGACGCUGUUUUGGACGUGAAUACAGUAGACAAGCUUAGUUUUUUAGUUGCUGAGCUCUUGCAGGAAACAAUCAUGCAGCACCAAGACAAGAACGUACGGUCUCUUGUGGCCUGUUGUUUAGUGGAAAUCAUGCGCGUGUCAUCACCUGACACACCGUUUAGCUCGGAGGAGGAAUUGUAUCGGGUUUUUAAGCUCUUUAUUGAGCAAAUAAGAGUGUUGGCUAUCGAGCAAGCAAUGACGUUGAGUGAAUUACACAGUUUUCAUGUGCUCGAGAGCCUUGCUACGGUAAAAUCGUGUUUAUUGGUUGUUGGAUUGAAUUUUACCAUGAAGAAAGACGAAGAUGCAGUGAUGGUACAAUUAUUUCAUGCUUUUUUUGAGACAAUUCAGCACAAACACUCGGCUAAGAUUGAACAUUUAAUGUUGAGCAUUAUGGUAUCAUGUAUUGAAGAAAGUGACCAUAUUGAACAGUCACUAUUGGAUGUAAUUUUGAGCGCUUUGGUGAGUGAACCAAGCUUGGAUCAAGUUGAAGAAAUGAGUGGAUAUGGUGAACCUGUGAGCCCGUCUCACAUGUCACGGGAAUUAAUCCGACGAACAAGUGAUCUUCUUCAAAUUCCACUCUCAAAUUAUUUUAACAAUAUUUUGAUUGGCAGCCAAGACAGGUCGGGUUCACAAGAUACCUUAAAGCUUAAAGGGCAUGUGUACACUUUGAUUUAUAAGGUGCACACGAUCAACCCCUCGCUAUUGCUGCAUGUUCUUCCUAAUGUGUGUCUCCAACUUCAAGUAGAUGAAGUUGCCACUCGGUCAGAUGCUAUUGCUCUCAUGGGUAAAUUAUUUGCGUCUGCACACGCAGAUUCUGGGCACCAGUACAUGAAAAACUUUUGCGAGUUUCUAUGUCGGUUCCGCGACGCAAGCAAGGACAUUCGGCUGCAAAUGAUUCGCGUGUGUGUGCCCAUUUGGGAGCACAAGCCUGACGUAGCUAGCUUGUUGGAAAAAGAGUUUAUCUUGCGGUUGAAUGACCCGGAGUGGGAAGUACGGCAGCUUGUAGUACAUGAGUUGUGCGAUUUUGCAGCAAACCGCCUGGAGUUGAUCAGCGAGGAGUGCCUUCGGGCUGUAGGAGAGCGUAUGAAGGACAAGAAAGUCGUGCUAAGAAAGGAAACUAUGACGGGUCUCAGUCAAGUAUUCAGUGCACACAUUUCGUCGUACUGGGCACUGGAAGACAAGGAGGAAACCCGGCUAUUAUCACUAAAUCAUCGCAAUAUCCCAGUCGUCCAUAUGAAGAAACUGGGCUGGAUCCCGGACUUUGUAUUAAAAUGUUAUGCCUAUCCUCAACAGGAGCUAAAACUUCGUGUGGUUCAGCUUCUGGAUGAUAUUCUUUUGCCCAAGGGUUUUUCAGAGCGAACUCGCGCGAACGGACUACUGUUUAUUUUUCACUCACUGGAUGUCACUUCGAAAGAAGCACUGCGACGAGUUUUCAUUGAACGUGCCAAGUGCCAAGAUGCGUGCAAGCAGUUUGUUGAUUUUAAAAUGCAGCAUCGUCACCAAGAGAAUGCCUCAAAGACUGACACUUAUGCUUUGGAUAACGCAAAACAGCAGCUGUUAACAAAACUUACACCUUUAUUCUCAGACAUUAGUGGCCUGAACAAGCUCUUGGAAAGACUGUCGAAGUGGAAGGAUCACACUUUGUUUAAGCACAUGGGUGAGUUGUGUGACUUUACAAAAAGUCAGCGUGAUAUCCGUCAUGCGAGAGAUCAAUUAACUCGAUUCUUGAAGCAGGGACGGCCGAUGAGAGAGAAUCGCAGUAUCGUAGAUCUUGUAGUAAUGGCGUCCAGUGAACUACCCGAGCUAUUUACCCCUUUCAUUCGCGGAAAGGUUACAGCGAUUCUAGUUCAAAGCAACGCUGGCUCAACUGCGAAUCAAUCCGCAACGAAUGACGAAGAUGAGGAAAACUUUGUUUCUAUCGAUCCCCGAGUGAUUCUUGGUGCCUUGCAUCUUCUUGCCAAUUACUCGCGGCAUUGGUUUGUAAGUGUUGGCGGAGGUGAUACGUUACUUGACGGCAAUGAAAGUAAUCUACCGUCUGCGGAAUUGGUAAAACAGCUGCACAACUUUUGUCUUGGGGACAGAAAUGUCGAAGCGCAAAACUUUAACUCUGCCAAGGAACGUCGGGCAGCAGAAUUAUCAGCGUUUUCUCUCUCCCACUUCUACGGCAGAACAGACGAUACAAUGGACUUACUUAACAAGCUGUGCUCGAAAGAAAAACUUGGUUCGCCCAAUCAUCCUAGAGCUUUGCCAGCGUUGCAAAGUCUUCAAAUUUUUGCUAAGCGUUGCUGCUAUAUAUUUGCUGAGGACAGAUUGCUCUUUUUACGGCUAUGGGCACAUCUACUCGACGAUAUGGUUAGUAAAGACGAUCAGAUUUCGAGAUCAAGCACGGCAGUACAUAGAGAACAAAGUCACAACAGUAACCGAUCGGCUGCGAAAAAUUUAGCUGAAGUUCGUUGCUUGGCUAUGAAGGUGGCUGUAAAUCUGGUUGUGUACUGCGGAUCCACUAAAGGUUCAUCAAGUUUGGCAAGUGAAGGUACGAAACUGAUCAAAUUGCUUUUUGACAUUUUGCGCUCGGACGGAACGGCACAUACGUCAGCACCCACUGUGGCUGCUAUGUUCAGAGCUACUGCAUCGUGUGGUCUCAUCAAGAUCAUGCGCAACCGACAGCUCGAGGCAUCGGUGUCAGUGUCUGACUGGCAUUUGCUUGGUUUCACGAUUCAAGACUCAAACGAAGAUGUCCGCCGAAAGUUUGUGAAAAAGUUGGCGUCCCACUUGAUAAAGCAGCAUGCGCAGCAUCCGCACAAGUACUUAAGCUACUUGGUGCUUGCUGCUACCGAUCCCAGCACCAGUGUGAAGAAAACUGCCCGAAACCUACUUAAGAUUGCUGCUGAGCGUAUGCGUCGCAUGUUCGAUGCUGCGUCUUUGCGCGAAUCGAAAAUGGCUUGUAGUCCUGGCCACUUGGAAAGUAGUUCGCCCACUAUGUGUGCACUUAUGGUACCUGAGUACGCGCUGCCUUACGUGAUUCAUCUUCUGGCACAUCAUCCCGGAUUUCCAGUGAAGUUGGUAGAGAGGACGCCUUCUGUCAUGGUAUUGCAAAGUGCUCUGUGGACUGACCAGCUAACAUAUCUUGGUUUUUUCCUUGAUGGAUUGGUUUCGGCAAAUGCCGCAGCUGCAGACAAUAUUGCUUUUUUGCUUCAGAUGCUGACCAAGCUCUCCCAAUGCCACGACGUCGAGAAUCCUGACGAUGUCAAUAUUUAUCCUUUGAUAGACAGCACUGUUUUCUUGCUGAAGAAGAAGAUCAAGAACCAGUCCAAUCUUAAGCCAUUUCCAGGGAAGAUUUAUUUGCCGAAGCAUUUGUAUAGCCCUGGAAGAUGCAGCACGCUAGUGACUUUGGGUGGGAGGAAAGAACCGGAGGCGCCUGAAUCGCUAGAGAGGAUUCCAGCCUCUCGUAGCACAAGACUCAUGACGUCGCUGUCGCCAAUCAAACCCAUGGACUUUGCGGAGCAUUUCAUGAAGCUGAAUUCUCCUCCCGGGAGUUCUUUGCUGAGCAGUUCCCUGAAAAAGCGGAAGCGCUCACUCCUCAAGGCUGAUGGAAGUUAUUUGGAUGCUGAGGAAGAGAUGAAGGAAGACAACGAUGACGAUGCACGUGAGUCCGUGGCUGCGUCACCGCGGCACCAGUCGUUAUCGAGGAAUGGUCGACCGGCAAUGCUUUCAUUUGCAGACCAUUCUAGCGAUAGUGGGGUCGAGUCAGAUGCGUUCUCGGGGAUUGUGUCAUCGCAUUUUACGACUUCCAGGCCGAAUGAGUCAGCAUCUGCAGUAUCGUCCCUAAGCUCGGCCGGCUUGCGCGAAGUGGCUGCUGAAAGGACGGUGCAGAGCGAUGUGUCAGCGAAGAAGCGCACACGUAGCAAAACUAAUGCAGCGACGGAGUUGGAAAAGCCAAGAUUGCGGUCUGCUGGACAGUGCCAAUGA